AUGCUUGCUAUCAAGCAGCUGCUCGAUUUGCUCAAAACCGCCAAGAACCACAAGGCUUUUGCAAGAACUUCCUUGGUUGCCACAAUGCUACAAUUUCGCAAGCUGUGUCACUCAAUCAGUCGGACAGUGGAGGAGCAAUGUACAGGCGUACGGUUAAGUGCUACAACCAACGGUUCAGGGAUGGCCAAAAUCAGUGGAUUGAGUUGGGAUUCAUUUGAAGCACUGAUGGAAAGAUGGCAGAAGUUGGGGUGGUAUGCGGUCAAGCAAACACAUGUUCUGUUAAAGGAGAAGAAACAUUGA